UUGGUGAGUGUGAAAUUGAUCGAAUGGGGGGAUUACGAGCAGGAAGUCGCGCGAUUGUGGAACCUUUCCUCUGCUCUUAAGGAAGCUAGAGAGAAGAAGGAAGCUCUGGAAGGGAAGCUUUAUUCGCUCAAUCAGAACCACAAGGCCCACGAUAUCCAGAAGCGCCGCCGCAUCGUGGACGACAACGACGUCCUGCUUUCCUCAUCAUCUCCAGCUUGCACCCUCAUCCGCCGCGACGUUCCCUUUUCCUCCUCCGCUAGAUAGGUGACAGUGGUGGCGGCGGAGACGAAAGAGGAGUACAAUCCGGCGGGGGCGGUUGAGGUUAUGGCGGGGUUGGCGAAGGCAGAGGUGUUAGUGGAGUUUGCGGUGACGGCGGCGGAAGGUGGCUACAUGGGUCGACGCAAGGGCAUGAUCCACACUUCAUCUCCGCCGGUGCUUCAUCAUCCUGUAGUGGGUUUUGAUCGUCCAACUUCUCUGUGA